AUGGCGCUCAACUACAUCACCUUCAACCAGGACCACAGCUUCCUGGCCGUCGCGACCACGGAUGGCAUGCGCGUCUACUCGACCAAUCCCUUCGCCCUCGUCUUCCAAACUCCCCUUACUGAAAAUGGCGCGUCCGGUGACAUUGCCAUCCUCGAGAUGCUCUUCUCGACCUCGCUCGUCGCCAUGGUCCUGUCCCCGCGACUCCUGCGCAUCGUCAACACGAAGCGUCAAACCACCGUGUGCGAGCUCACCUUCCCGGCCAGGGUCGGCGCCGUCAGACUGAAUCGCAAGCGUCUCCUCGUCGUCAUGGACGACCUUAUGUUCGUCUACGAUGUUUCGUCCAUGAAGGUCCUCCAGGAAAUCGUCACGCCCUCGAAUCCUUACGCCAUUUGCGCCCUCUCUCCCGACUCUACAAACAACUACAUCGCAUACCCCAUGCGCAAGAAAGAGUACACAUCACAGACUGCUCCCACUCACGUACCUCCGGCUGGCCCUCGAGUCACUGAACCCAUGGGUGGAGAUGUCAUGCUUUACAACGCAAAUGACAUGCAAGAGGUCAAGGUCAUUCCUGCCCACCAGGCUCCUCUAUCGUGCAUAGCAAUGAACAAGGAAGGUACACUGUUGGCCACAGCCUCCGAAAAGGGCACCGUCAUCAGAGUCUUUGCCAUCCCCUCUGCUCAGAAGCUCUAUCAAUUCCGAAGGGGCAGUAUGCCUGCCCGGAUUCAUUGCAUGUCUUUCAACGAGGCGAGCACCUUGUUGUGUGUUUCGAGUGCUACCGAGACUGUCCAUAUCUUCCGCCUGUCCACCGAUAAUGCCGCACCGAACUCAGGCCUGGAAGCGCCAGCUGAUGCUCCUACAACACCGCAGCGCUACCAACGUCAACGCAGCGAAAGCCCAAACGACUCGUCAGAUCCCUCGUCAAGUUCCAUCCUGGGUGAAUCUUCCGCCGACUCACCUGCGAAACCACUGCGUUCUCCAGGUUGGAUGUCUAUGAUGCGGCGAACCUCUCAAAACGUCUCCACAACAUUAGUGUCGCGUGCUGCAGGAUACCUGCCCAAUGCCGUCACCGAGAUUUGGGAGCCAGCCCGUGACUUUGCCUGGGUCAAAAUACCCAAAGGCCGCAAUGGCCAACCUGUCAAGAGUGUAGUCGCCAUGGGUGAGGCAGCUCCCGAGGUCAUGGUUGCCACUAGCGAAGGCGACUUUUUAAUCUACAACAUUGAUCUCGAGAACGGAGGCGAAGGCCGUCUGGUCAGACAACAUUCCGUCCGGGAAAGGAGUGAAACGCAUAGUGGUUUCAACGCUGAUUAG